CUCAUUUGUAAAUUUGGAAUUUCAACCUUAUCGCUUAAACCUUUAUAUAUCUCUCACAACGUACAACAUUCUUUCGUCAACAAAACACAUUUAUACAGCUAACUGAAGAUUGAAUCAAGCUCAUAUAGUUACCAGUUAGAAACUUGAAAAUGGCCCUACAGUGUUCGUUUUUCUUCAUUUCCUACAUGCUGCUUCUCUCGUCCCUGUUCGCCGCCGGAGUAGCCACAAUCACCCACGGAGAACUGCUUUCUUCGAUGAUCGGCGUUCAGGGUCUCAUCUACUGUAAACAAGGAUCUAAACUUACCCCUCUCCAAGGCGCGGUGGCGAGAGUGACCUGCGAGACAGCGGACGAAUACGGUUACGAGGCGGAGGAUGUGACGGUGCUUAGCCAAGCGACUGAUGGGAAGGGUUAUUUCCUGGCGACGCUUUCUCCGUCGGAGGUGAAGGAUUAUGAGAAGGUGAGGAUCAAAGAGUGCAGAGCGUUUCUUGAGCUUUCACCGGCUGACACGUGUUCUUUUCCGACGGAAAUCAACCGUGGAAUCAGCGGAGCCAUUCUACAGAAAUAUCGUCUCCUAGAAAACAAAAGUAAGACGAAGCUCUUCACCGUUGGCCCUUUCGCCUUCUCGCCUGAGGAAACUCAGGACAAGUCUAUCCCCAACGGCUACUAGAUGCUUUUUUUUGUUCCUCUCUUUUAAAUGCCUUCAUGAGCCAAUUAUAUUCUGAGCCCACGAUUAUUAUGGUCCGAGUGUCAAACGUUCGUUUGUUGUUCACUUAAGUUUAGUAAUCGUCACAAAGUAUCACUAAAUUAACGAUAAUGGAACGAAUUUAAAUUUUCAUUGGUGAUUUUUAUUAUUUAAUUUCCUUUAGAGUU